GUGACUUAUAUUUUAAUAUAUAAGAUAAAGAAGAUAGGACACGUGUUUUUCUUGUUUAUCACGUAUAAUACUUGACUUUUCUCAUUUAUAAUAAUAAUUCUUAUAAAGAAAAGGGAAAAACGGGGGAGAAAAAGGAAAUUCCCAUUGAGAUAGCGUUCAUACGAGACCUAUACAUAUAGGAGGGACUCGCCUCUCUUUUUUGGUUAACAAACAAUUCGGAGACAAAAUCGAGAAUUAGGGUUUGCGAUCUCACAAUCUCCCUUACAAUUCCAUUCUUCGAUUCCGGGGCGAUCAACGAUAUGGAGAUGCAUUCGAAAGUUCAGGUACGAUCAUCAUCGGUUGUGGAUAUGGAUCUAGACGUAAUAGAAGAAACUGUAGAUAGGUCUGUCUCGGAGGAGAAACCAUCUCUCCGUUCCGUCUCUGUGAAAUUCAAAUUGAAUAUCGCCAAGAAAAGUUUUAGGAAGAGAAGCAGACAAGAAUCAGAGAAAGACGAAGAAGAAGAUGAAGAAGACGGUAGGGUUUUAGGGAAUUACGAGAUAGCGAGGCUAAGGGAAGAAUCGAGACGAGAGUAUCUGAAGAUGAGGGAGAACAAGAAGGUGGAGGAGUUUAAGGAACAGGUAGAGUUCGAGCUUUCGCUGUUUGAAGGCGUGAAGCUUACAGAGAAGGAAGAAAUUGAGUUUAGGUACAAGAAGGAACUGUAUAAGCUCUUGAACACAACGUGGGAUGAUGUUGGUUAUUAUAAGAUUCCAGAUGCCUAUGAUCAAGAAGGUGGUGUUGAUCAGAGGAAGAGGUUUGCUGUGGCGAGGCAACGGUAUGGUGAGGUGACGAGGGAGAAAGAAGCUUGGGAGGAUCAUCAGGCUCAGAAGGCGACAGUUAGGUUUGGUGCUAAGGACAAGAAGCAAGUUUCUGAUGGGUAUGAGUUUGUGUUUGACGAGGUUACAAGCUUCGUUGAGACAUCUGUGGAAGCUGAGAAAGACAGAGGUUAUGAUGAGAGAAGAGUUGCUAAAGAUGAUAGGAAGAUGCUUCCUAUAUAUGCCUACAGAGAUGAGUUGCUGAAACUCGUUGAAGAGAAUCAGGUUCUUGUGAUUGUUGGGGAGACAGGGUCGGGCAAGACAACGCAGAUACCGCAGUAUCUUCAAGAAGCUGGCUACACUAAGCGUGGAAAGAUCGGUUGCACUCAGCCCCGGAGAGUUGCUGCAAUGAGCGUUGCUGCCAGAGUGGCUCAAGAGUUAGGUGUAAAGCUAGGACAUCAAGUUGGAUACUCAAUUAGAUUCGAAGACUGUACUUCGGAGAAGACAGUUAUCAAGUACAUGACUGAUGGGAUGCUGUUGCGAGAGCUUCUCAUAGAACCGAAACUCGAUAGCUACAGCGUCAUCAUAGUUGACGAGGCUCACGAAAGAACGUUGUCCACUGAUAUUCUCUUUGGAUUAGUGAAGGAUUUAGCAAAGGCUAGGCCUGACCUGAGGCUGAUCAUCUCCAGCGCAACGCUCGAAGCUAAAAAGUUCUCUGAGUAUUUUGAUUCGGCGAGGAUCUACAUGAUCCCGGGGAGAAGAUAUCCAGUUGAGAAGCUCUUCCAGAGAUGUCCUGAGCCUGACCGCUUGGAGACUGCGGUGCGCACUGUGUUUCAGAUUCAUCAGAGGGAGCCGCUCGGAGACGUUUUGGUUUUCCUCACAGGUCAAGAAGAGAUUGAAACAGCUGAGACGAAGUUGAAGGAAAUGAUGAAAGAUUUGGGCUCAAAGAGCUCUGAGAUCAUUAUCUGCCCCAUCUACUCAAAUCUCCCGACCGAACUACAAGCAAAAGUGUUUGAUCCGGCUCCUAAAGGGACACGGAAAGUUGUCCUAGCGACUAAUAUUGCAGAAACGUCGUUAACCAUUGAAGGGAUUAGAUACGUGGUUGAUCCAGGGUACUGCAAGAUCAACUCAUACAACCCAAAAACCGGAAUGGAAUCACUUCUCGAAACUCCCAUCUCAAAAGCUUCCGCAGAGCAACGAGCUGGCCGGUCCGGAAGGACCGGUCCGGGGAAGUGUUUCAGGCUGUACAACGUCAAGGACUUGGAGCCCACAACGAUACCCGAAGUGCAAAGAGCCAACCUUGCAAGCGUUGUACUUACUUUGAAGAGUCUUGGCAUCGAUGAUGUCUUCAACUUCGACUUCAUGGAUCCUCCACCUGAGAAGUCUCUAAUGAAGGCUCUAGAGCUGCUCUACGCUCUUGGCGCUUUGGAUGGGAAAAGUUAUAUUACUAAGCUGGGAGAGAGGAUGGUUGAGUUUCCCGUUGAUCCAAUGUUGUCAAAGAUGAUUGUUGGUUCGGAGAAGUACAAGUGCUCGGCUGAGAUCAUCACUAUAGCCGCCAUGUUGUCUACAGGGAGCUCCAUCUUUUACAGACCUACCAGGAACCAACAGUAUCUCGCAGACAAUGCACGGAUGAGUUUCUACACUGAUAACGCCGGCGACCACAUUGCCUUGUUGAGGGUGUACAACUCGUGGAAGGAGAUGAACUACUCGAGCCAAUGGUGCUACGAGAACUACAUUCAGAGCAAGAGUAUGAGGAGAGCUAGAGAUAUACGUGAACAGCUUGCUGGGCUUUUAAAGAGGAUUGGAGUGGAACUGACUUCGAACUCUGAGGAUCUAGACGCGGUUAAGAAGGCGAUACUGGCGGGUUUCUUUCCUCAUUCCGCAAAGUUGCAGAAGGAUGGAUCGUACAGAAGAGUGAGGGAGCCUCAGACGGUUUAUGUGCAUCCUAGCUCAGGGUUGUUUGGGGCGUCCCCUAAGAAGUGGUUGGUGUAUCAUGAGCUAGUACUUACUACCAAGGAGUAUAUGAGGCAUACAACUGAGAUGAAGCCGGAGUGGCUUGUUGAAAUAGCUCCACAUUACUACAAGCUUAAAGACAUUGAAGGGACUCGGACAAAGAAGAGUCAGAGCAGAAACAUAAGAUCCCUCAUGUUGAUGGUUGAUACUAACACGAAAGCUAAGAGGAAGGUUGAUACUAACAAGAAAGCUAAGAGGUAAUAUCUAAACUUAGUAUUUUCGUUCACUGUUUCUGAACCGAGUUGAAAUAAUUGCGAUAGUGUAUUCCUUUUUACAUACAUUAAGAUUCUUAAUUGUUUAGUCACUAUCAGUUUCUUAUGUCUACUUACUACUGUUACAUGUUUGUGAGUUUUUUUACGAGUAUUAAGUGGAGAAAGGCCGGAGAAACUCACCUGGGAAAAAGCUGUGUCAAUCCAACCUGGACAUCCCUUUGUUUCAAGGGAAGUGUUAAUAGUCUCGACAGCAGUGACUCGAUGGAGAAGAUUCCGGAUACUAUCCACCCAUGUCUGCUUAUCAGCCUUGCUCUUGCACUUGAACUUCGUUAGACCUUUGCCUGUGCUUAUUCCAAAAUAGAGCUCUUUUUCUUCUGCGUUUUCUGUUUCUUUUACACUUUGCAGGCCUGAGACUGUCUCGCAUACAUCAUUCACAAUACCUGCGGUCAUUGGAUUUAGAUUGUAAAGCAUUGAGCACCAUGACCAUGUAGAGAAAGAAGAGUUAUCUGAUGUGAACUACCUUUGCUUUUCAUGGAGAAGGCUCCUCUAACGUGUUUGCUUUUGAUUUCUACUACAACCUGUACAAAGAGAAAAUUACCCAAAGUGUCAACUAAUUUUGAUAAUUAUAUAAGUUUGUUUGUUUGUUUGCUGCGA